AUGUCUACAUUCACGUUCGUAGCACACUGCACACGAGUGCCUAGGAAUAAAGUUUCCAAAAUUUUUUCAUGUCAGUUCUGCUGGGAGGGAGCCAUGUAUCUCUUUAUUUACAUCUACCUCCUAGUGAGCUUUUUUGAAGAAGUGUGGGGUUUUUGUCCUUCACAAUGCACUUGUGUUUACCAUGGCAGAAGUGAUGGCACUGGAACAAGGUCUGUGCUCUGUAAUGAUCCUGACAUGUAUGAGAUCCCUGUAAACGUUCCUGUGGAUACUGUAAAACUUCGUAUAGAGAAAACUGUGAUACGAAGGAUUCCAACUGAAGCCUUUUACUACCUAGUAGAUCUCAAAUACCUGUGGGUGACUUACAACUGUGUAGCCAACAUUGAUAUCAGCAGUUUCUAUAACCUGAAACAACUGCAUGAGCUACGGCUGGAUGGUAAUCUGCUCUCAACUUUCCCCUGGGAAUCACUGGCAGAGAUGCCCAACCUACGGAUUCUUGACUUACACAACAAUAAAGUGACCAGCAUUCCUGCUGAUGCUGGCCGGUACCUGAGAAACCUCACCUACCUGGACAUAUCCAGCAACAAGCUGACCACUUUGCCAUCAGACUUGAUGGACAUUUGGCCUCCCUUCUCGGAAGCUGUCCCGUCCAAGAACACAGACAUUCUGGCAACCCAGAGAGUCAUUUUGGGUUUGCAGGACAACCCGUGGUUUUGUGACUGUCGCAUUUCAAAGCUAAUAGAAUUUUCCAAAAUUGUGGACAACUCAGUUAUACUUCUUGAUCCAUUGGUUUCAUGUAGUGGACCUGAGAGCCUGGCAGGAAUCUUGUUCCAGAGAGCUGAGUUAGAGCAGUGUCUUAAACCGUCUGUGAUGACAUCGGCGACAAAAAUCACUUCCCCGCUGGGAAGCAACGUUCUGCUACGCUGCGAUGCAACUGGGUACCCAACACCGCAACUCACUUGGACUAGGUCAGACAAUAUACCAGUGAACUACACAGUAAUUCAAGAAACACCUGGAGAGGGUGUCAGAUGGUCCAUAAUAAGCUUGACAGGGAUUUCAUACAAGGAUGCAGGAGAAUACAGAUGUAAAGCCAAGAACUUAGCAGGAAUGUCAGAAGCUGCUGUCACUGUCACGGUGGUUGGUGUAGUUACUACAACCGUGUCACCACAGAAGUAUGGAAGGAGACAAGAGGCAGAGAGUCAGAAUACCACUCAGGAGGAAUCCAAGCAGGAGCCUGAGAGGACAACCACACCUCUUCCCACCACACCAACCACCACAGCACUUGUUAGCACUGAAAGAUCAACGAGCAGCAGGUUUAGUGACAAGAAGCAAUCCAGGCCCCUGUUCGAUGGAAAGAAAAAUUCAAAGGCAAUGACAAAUGGGAAAAAAAAGCAGGUGGGAGAGAUAAGCAAGAAAGGUGAGGAGGCAAAGCAGACUGGGGAGAUAAGCAUGAAAGAUGAGGAGACUUCACUGAAUACAGCAGGUAUGGGUGAGCAAAAUGUCACUGUAAAGAACUUAAGGGUGAUCAGUGAAACUGAUGAGAGAGUGACCUUAACUUGGAAAACUGUCAACGCUACAAGCAACUCUGCAGUGACUGUGCUGUACUCAAAGUACGGUGAGAAAGAUAUGUUGCCUCUGAGCACUGAUUCUAGCAAAAACAGAGUCACAAUUGAUGGUUUGCAACCUAGUACCCAAUAUAUGGCAUGUGUCUCACCCAAAGGAGUGCCACCUACAAAAGAGCAGUGCAUUGUUUUCUCCACUGAUGGGUUAAAUGAUGAAAGCAGCUCUCAGUUUUCUAUUCUGAUAUGGGCCAGCAGUGCAGCCUGUGUGGUUGUUUUACCUUUGAUAUUUUUCUUGCUCUACAAAGUUUUAAAACUUCAUGUGAAACCGAAAACUGCAAAGGAAGCUGACCUCGCAAAAGAGACCUAUGUGAAAUUUGAAACACUGUCUCUGAAGCCUCGAACAGUGAAUGCAGGGGAGCAGCUCUGGGCAAGAAGGUACACAGAUGAGUCGGAAAGACUUCUCCUUUGUUCUAGGUCAAGCAUGGAUUCUCAAAUGACCUUCAAAAGUGAGGGCUCUAGGUCUGAGUAUCUGUGUUGAACAUGGGUAAGGGUGGAGGAGAUGGAAUAUACAACAGUUAAAAUUGAUCCAAAAUGAUGAUACUGCAUCUGGACGCAGGUUGGUGUUAGGUGGCAGUCAGAAUAUAUUAUCUUAUGUAACGUAUUCAACUGAAUGGGUAGGGUGGUGGGUAGGAGGGAGAAGAAAAAUGUUGCCUGUUUCUUUUCUUUUUUUUUUGUUUGUGGCUUUGGAUGUGGAGGAAUGAUGUUCUUCAAAAGAUAAAUACAGCAUGAAAUGGUUGCCUCGUUAAAGAUCUUCUGUUUUUGGUUUUCAUUAAAACACCAUUCUGUUUCCUCUUCUCUCGUUUUACUGUAUCGUGUGCUAGUUGCAUGUAUCAAACAUUACUCACAACCUUCAUAAAAACUAUGUAUUUUAAAACAUCAGGAAAUCAGUUUAAACUACUUCUAUUGAUGUCAAAAUUUUAUUUGAAAAUACAAGUUUUCUUCUGACAUCAGCUUGCGCUGUGAGAUGUUGUAUAGUUCUGUUUGUACAGUAUCUUGGACUGGAAGUGAUCUCAGGCCAGUCAAGACUGAAGCUAGCUAGCCACAGCUUAUGGACCCUUGAGAGGUACAAUAUAUACCAUGUUGUCAUUUUGCAGAUGCUAUGGCAAAGGAGGUUCUUUAAUAUACUGAAGCUCAGGUAAGGUAUCAUGAAUAAGUCUGUGAGAGAUACUAGAUAUUAAUAAUGUUAAUUUAUAUCAAAUUAUUGCAAAAUCUCAGCCUUAGAAUUUACUUGGAUGCAUAUAUCUAUAUACCUCAAUUUCAGAAAUCUUUGUACAGAAAAUGUUGUGGUACUGUGUAAUACAACACACACUCGUACAUACUUGUAUAUGUUAUAGAUGUUGUACAAUAUUAUGUACUACACUGUAGUAGUAUAAAGCAUUUUGAGAUACAGGAAAAGGAGGUCUUGUCCUCAGGUCAUUUUGGAUGUGUAAUGAAGUUCAAUGAGCAUAGUGAAAUUUUAUUGUGAGCAUACUUCCCAGUGUUUAAAAAAUCAGGUAUUAAUAUUAAUAGUAAACAUGAAUGCAGAAUUGCCUGUUAAUGAUAAUAAUGAAUUGUUGAUUCUGAGGCUUUAUUCCUGAAGUAAAUAACAGAGCUUUCAUCGAUUUAGGUUCAGAUAUUGUGGUUAGAACUAUGUAUGAAUGGAGAAAUACGUUUUUUUUUCCUUAAAACUGCAAAUGCGUUGUUUUCUUGGGCCUCCCUAUGCCUAGAAGCAGUGUGGGUUUGUUUUGCUAGGAAGCUGGGAAUCUUCUCUUUCCAGAGGGAGAGAUAUCAUUCAAAGCUACGAACCAAAGCUUAAUUAGUUAACUUUAAAGUAGUAGCAUUUCUUGGUGUCACUAGGGUAGGAUUUAAUUUCUGUGUUACUGGUAUGUGUGGUUAAAAAGUGAUCUUCUUUUUCCAUGGAUAAUUUUGAUUGCAGUGAAAAUGUUUUUAGUUUUCUGAGUGGAAUAAUUUUACUUUGGCAAUUUUUUUUAAUUUGGGAUUGUUUAAGGAAAGCACAAUAUCCUUUUUGUAUCAAAACUAAGGUUCAUCUGACAAAGAGUUUAUGAUAAACUAAACUUUUAAGAGGACCUGAAGUGUUACAAUAUUUGCCUUCUAUAUUUUCCAUAUAGAUAGUGUAGCCAGUAGUUGUUGCUGAAGAUGUUUCCAAUUAAAAACAGGUUUGUCAUUAAUGAGAGCAAUUAUUUUAACAUUUAUUUUUUAAUUCCUGGAGAAUAUUUGAUUUCAAGUUUCAAAGCUUUGCAAGAAACUUGAGUCUAAUUCUGGAGUUCAAAAGUGCUGUCACCUGACUUGUAGAUGAUACAUCAACAUAUCAGGCUGAGAUGGUGCAAAGCUUGUUUGAGUGAGCUCGCUUGCAAAUGUGAAACCUUUUGGUUUGACUAAUCCGUGUGGAAUUAGCAUGUCCUAAAGUUAGAAAUUAAUCUCUAUGACCACAUGUGCUACCAGUAUCUCAAAGAUGGAAUGCAUUAUUAAGGGCAUGUUCUUUCAAGAAAACAUUACUUUUUCCACAGUUCUUGAGACAAUAGAGUUAUAUAACCCCGAUACGUUUCUGUACCUCAUGUUAAAAAAGCAAAUUUGCUGGGGACUUUCAGCAGGAAUUUGAUACAAAGACCAAAUCACAUAAUAAACAUAAGUACCCUGCAUCACCCAGGAUUGGUUUAAUUGAAGAGCUGAAGAAAUACUUCCGGUAACAGAUGCAAAUUUUUAUACUGUAAAUAGUUAAUAUUUAUUAUAGAAUCAUUAUGAGAUAAAUUUUUGUCACCCUUAAUGGAUUUGUACAGUAUCUUCUGAAAUGCAAUAGUGAGUCAAUCAUCGCUAGGAACAGGAAUGACUAUAACCUAUUCUUGCCUCAUAGAAGAAUUUGGAGAGGAUUUAACCAAUGUUUAUGCAUCGCCUUUCAUAUUUUUGCACUUUCUUAGCUCAAUUCAUGCUGCAUUUCACUGAAAAGGUUAGACGUAUUUUUAUACAUUACCUACAAUGGGUGUGUCAAAAUUGGAUGGUUAAUGAAAUAACUGAGCAAUGGGAGCAGAAUUCCAGAUAAAUCUCAUUUUUACUUAAAGCUUUAGGGUGCCUGAGCACUUGUCAUAGUUAACCACAAUCCUGGCUUCUGGGUGCGCUUCCUAAGCCAAACUUUAGGCAUCCAUGCAUCUAUUUUAGUCCUUGCCAUUGCUCGCAGUGGACUUUGUAUUCCUUGCACUAUUAUCAGAUUACCAUGCUUUUCUCAGGCAUAAAGAGAGAAACUCUUUCAUGUAUACCAUGAAAAUGUCUGUAAUAGCAAAAACAUUCAGAUGCAGGCUAUAUCUAAGAGACUAAACAAAGGGCAUUAUAAACUCAUUACCUUGUCAAAGAAGUAAUGGAAAUAGAAGUUGUUUUGAUCUGAAAAUAAAAGAUGAUUUUUAUACGUGA